AUGAUGCAAGAUCGAAAAGCAGUUAUUGUAAUUCAGCCUAGACCAUCGCAAUCUGAUUAUUUGCAAGAAGUGAUGAGCGAGGAUGCAGGUGAAGAUUCCCGGGAUGUGCAGUGCGCCACCAAUCUUCGAGCUUUCCAUGAUAUUCGAGCAUGGAGUAAAGCUGUUAAGCCAUGGUCUGAAUUUUUUCGCUUUUCCCAAUUUGGUUUCCCAUCCAAAUUCAAUGGAUAUAUCACAAGGCUGAAGAAGAAUUUCAGCCAUUUCAUGGCCAAUUAUGCCGUUAUCAGUGCUAUUUUGAUGAUUUGUGGCAUAAUAACAUCAUUUUGGCUGUUAAUAUCUUCCAUUCUGCUUGGAAUAUUAGUGUAUACCAUUUACACGAAGACUAGAAAUGGGCCUAUCAAAAUUGGCACUGAAGAGAUUCCUGUUUGGAUUUUGUAUGUUGCGGCAAUAUUCAUAACUUUACCACUAUUCAUCUAUGCCGAAGUUGGAUAUAUUCUUUACUGUGCAAUGGGGAUCAGUGUACUGUUGGUUCUAAUUCAUGCUUCGAUUCACAAAAAUGAAUCACUUGCUUUACCGGAAAUAAACGUGGAAGUUAUGACGAAAGUAGAUGAUCACCCACACGUAGGAGCUGCUGAAAUCACGUCAUAUCAAGGAAUUUCAGCGAAGCGUCACGUUCUGUUUCGUGAAAUUGAAGAUGCAGAUAACUGAAGAGAAGGAAGGAUGUGUGAUACAUAGAUAGAGAUCACCAGUUUUGCCGCUUAUCGAUGGUAACUUCAGAAGGAUAAGAAGAGGAUUCAGAAUUCCUGUGCCCCUUCCCCAUCCAUUCUCUCAUUUUGGUCGUC